AACGGGACAGUGGUAUUGGGAGAUGGUGGGCCAUGGGUGCUCAGGGAGGUAGCUCUAAUGUUCGCAGACGCAUCAGCUCCUGCCGUAUGGAUUGGGAGUGGACUGUCCAACCCAUCGCCUUGCCAUUGAAUGCUGUCGGCUUCAUUGCGUCCGCGUGCUGGAUGCCAAUGCGAGACUUGUGUUGCCAUGGUCGUGGGCUCGCUGGUCGUGAGGGCGACUGCCCCGGCGCGUGGGAAGGAGAGGCGGUAUUUGAGACGCAUGGCGCUCCAUGGCAGAUAUGCAGCGCAACCGGCACCAAUGCUCGCCUGGGGUAACUCGGGGGCGCGAGGAGGAGUCAGAGAACGUCUGCCUGGUGUAGUGAUGCAAUGCCAGGAGCUCUUAGAUGGGAGACAGACAAAAGUUAGGUUAAGCGACGCGGUUUCCUCCCGCGCCAAGCACCAUCUCUUGCCCGCAGCCAACCACCACUUCACCACCACCAACUUCGAAACACGCCUUCACAAAUUUCACAACAAACCCUCGCGAGGGGACGGUUGGACCAGUCCGAACAAGUAACUAUGGCCACGCCAGCGCCGGGAUCAGCUCUGCUACCACUCGAACUCAUCGACAGAUGCGUCGGCUCAAAGAUCUGGGUUCUCAUGA